AUGGACCUUUGUUCACUCCAAGUGACCUCCUUCAUAACCAGGAAAAUAUAUUAUGAUAUCGACCUGGAGGAUACCACCCUGUCACCCUCGGAGACACAUUCAAAUAUGGCCGUUACAAGUUGCACCGUCAACUGGGGUGGGGCGGUGUUUGCUCCUCGAAUUGCUUGGUCCCACUCUGGACUUGUCCUCGUCGAGUAUAGUGACUGCCGGGAGAAGCUGGAGGCGGAUGUGAUUUUUCGAAUACCCAGACAGCUUCUAGCAGCUACCAGCUUUAUCCAUAGUACUGGGGCAUUCAUGGGGGUCAUCAGUCGACCUGAAUUUGAACCUGUCGUCCGUAUUGACGGCUCGCCGCUACCAGAAGGCCUCCCUGCGCAGUUAAUCAAAGCGGCAGAUUGGACCAACUGGAUAGAAGAGGACGAGGAAGAUAUCUGCUUGAUUGAUUUUGAAAAGAGCCUCAGCCGGUUUAUCUGCGAAUUCCUGAGACAAUUUUCGCGGAAAGCUUUGAUUAUCGCGUCGAUCUGUGGGGCGCUGGGUGCGCGGUGA